AGAAGAUAAAGGUACAAGUCCCUCAAAGUCUCCCAGAAGAGAAGCAGCGUGUGUCACCAUGAGCUCGUCUGAGACAGUGAAAUCCGUGUGGGAUGAAGAUGACUUUGAUGCUGUCCUGAAUGAAUUCAAUUCAGUCGUGGAAGACCUCUCCUACUCUGCAAACACUGGUGUUCAGUACAAGGAACAUUUGAAUCAAAUGAAGAAGUUGGGUGCUACUAAUGCUGCUGACAGUGGAAUCGAUGACUCGGAAAGUACAGGCUCAUCUUCUGCGAGCAGUUUGAAUUGUAGUAUUGAAAAACUGAACUCUGUGGACACCACUUCAUCCAAAGCCAAACUUGGAGACACAAGGGAUCUGGAGGAUUUUAUCGCAGACCUUGACCAAACUUUGGCAGAGAUGAUGUAAGUAAGGGAUGAGCCAGCCAGCUCCUGUUUCACAAGGAAUCACAGGGCGUGAAGAGGUCUUGCUGACCGGAUGCAGCCUUGGACAUGCUUGGUCCCACAUGCUUCGACACUCGCUUGCAAAGUUCACAGAAAUCGUGCUAGCGGAACUAUUUAUAGGACGUCACUGCCUUUUGCAGGCAACCGAGCUGUACAGGAAGGAGGUUGCAGUGCAAAUCGGUUCAAUCGUUUAUGUCGUUGCAAAUUUUCUGUCCGUCAUCUUGAAAGCAACAUAAGUUCUAUAGCACACUGGCGGCAACCAGCAAUCUUAUCAUCUGAUUCCUGCUUCAAAUCUGGAGACCUGUCUACUUACUUGUAUAUUUUGUAAAUUUUAAAUAUUUAUCUAUUUGA